AUGUUCCUGUCUUCCUCACUUCCUGUCUUCCUUCUGUGUGUGGUGACAGCGUCGGUAGCAGAAGUCUGUGAGAAUGCCGAGAAGACCUGCUCUGUGGUUAACUGUGGCACCCCAGGCCGAGAUGGGCGAGAUGGGCCCAAGGGAGAAAAGGGAGAGCCAGGACAAGGACUCAGAGGCUUACAGGGCCCUCCAGGGAAAUUGGGGCCUCCAGGAAUGGUGGGGCCUCCAGGACCAAAGGGUGCCAAAGGAGAUCCUGGAAGCAACAGAGCUGCUGAGGCUAAGCUAGAGAACUUAGAGGAAGAGAUAAGGAUCCUGAAAACACAACUGGACCACUUAAGAAAAUUGCAAAUCUUCUCCCUGGGCAAACAAUCUGGAAAGAAGCUCUUUGUGACCAAUGGGGAGAAGAUGCCUUUUUCCAAAGUAAAGGCUCUGUGUGCCGGGUUCCAGGCCUCUGUGGCCAUGCCUAGGAAUGCUCAGGAGAACCAAGCCAUCCAGAAGGUUGCCACAGACAGUGCCUUCCUGGGCAUCACGGAUGAGGAGACAGAAGGACAGUUCAUGUAUGUGACAGGAGGGAGGCUAGCCUACAGCAACUGGAAGAAGGAUGAGCCUAAUAACCACGGCUCAGGGGAGGACUGCGUGAUCCUCCUCAAGGACGGGUUGUGGAAUGACAUCUCCUGCUCCUCAUCCUUCCAAGCCAUCUGUGAAUUACCGGCCUGAAGAGAUAGCUCC